GUGCACUGCGUAGCACGUGUCCACGCAUCCAGGAAGUCAAUGUGAUUCAAGAAGUCAACAUUUGGAGGGUUGCUGUCUCACAUUCUCACAAUACGAGCCUAGAAAAAAUGGUCCAGAUGCACGUGAAGCACGGUGAUGAGAGCCAGUUUCUGUUUAACACGACCGUGGAUGUCCCGGUAGAAACGGUCAUCCAGCAGGUUGCUGCUAUCUACAACGGGAGACUGAAAGUCGACAGGAUAUGCUCGGAAAUAUCAGAGCUAGCUGAUCACGGAACCACUCUGCCGCCCAACAUGCAGGGGCUGACUGACGAACAGUUGGUGGACCUGAAACUGAAGGACGAGUGGGAGGAGAGGUGUGUGCCCAGCGGCGGAGCGGUUUUCAAGAAGGACGAAAUCGGGAGGAGGAACGGGCAUGCGCCCAAUGACAAGAUGAAAGAGGUGCUAACUAAAACGAUGGAAGAGGCCAAGGCACUCAUCUCAAAAAAACAAGCCCAGGCUAAUGUAUGCGUUACUAUGGAGAUGGUGAAGGAGGCCCUGGACCAGUUAAGGGGUGCGGUCAUGAUCGUGUAUCCAAUGGGCUUGCCCCCCCAUGAUCCAAUCAGGAUGGAGUUUGAGAACCAGGAAGACCUUUCUGGAACGCAGGCCUCCCUCCAAGUGAUUCCAGAGGAGGAGUGCCAGCUGUGGUGGGCAGCCAAGGAGCUGCAGAGGGGCAAGAAGCUGCUGGAAUACCUCGGCAAAAACGACAAGACCAAGAUUGUAGUCAAGAUCCAAAAGAGAGGCCAGGGGGCGCCGGCGAGGGAGCCUCUGGUCAGCGAGGAGCAGCAGAAGCAGAUGAUGAUGCACUACUACCGCAGACAGGAAGAACUCAAGACAUGGGCAUUAUUCCUACCCCUUAAGCCUCCUUGGUCGGUUUCUUUAGGCGUGGAUAUAGCGACAGGAACAGGUAAACUGUCGUCACCAGCUGCAUCACAGGCACUGCACUAUUUAUCUAUAACAAUUUUAUCACGGACACUGUGCCUUAUCUCUAGUUCAACUAAUAUGUGUGUGUGUCACUGGCAUCUUAAUCACCAACUGCAUCAUGGGCACUGUGCAUUAGUAAAUUAAAUACCACAGUUUACCCAAGUCUUCCAUUUCACUAUUGACUGUUCAUUUGUGUGUUGUUUGUAUGUUGCACACAUUAAACAUGUUUGUUUGGUUCUCGU